AUGAUCACCAACAUUAUAGAUUAUUUGGAUCCAUUCACGAUCGUUUCCUGUUCCAUGCUAAUUUCCAAACAAUUUUAUCGAAUUUCUCACCAAGAAUUUCAAUCCCUUGAAAUUUCAUCACACCACGACAGAGUAAUCCACUAUCAAUUCAUUCAUAAAUGUUCAAGUUUUAGGACACUCACUAGUUUAGAUUUGAGAAAUUGUAGCAUUGAAGUGGAAGAUUUUACAAAAUGGGUAAAGAGUGGAAAUUUGAAGGGAUUGAAAUGCUUAGUAGCUCCAAACGAUGGACAAUUGGUUUUAGAAAUUGGUAACAUUUACAAUGAGUGUAUGGAAGAAUUGAAGAAGGGAUCAGAAGUGGAUUAUACCCUUCCCAACUUGAAGAGUAUUCAGGUGGAAAAUGUUUGUCGAUUGGAUUUGAUUAGUCCUGUGGAAUAUUCUGAACAAAUGACAAAGACUCCUGUUGGGGAAAUUAAAAGUAGCCGUGGUGAAUUAUUUGGAAAGAAAAAGGCUUUGAGCACAUUAGUGGAGGGGGUUUGUUUGCCAAUGGCAUUUCCACAAUUAUUCACAGGAUCCAGACGUCCUCCAAGACAGUACCUGUUUUUUGGACCUAUGAAUAGUGGAAAAACGAUGAUAUUAGAUGCAUUGCAUGAAUCAAUGCCUUCCAAUUUAAUUGAGCCAUUCUCAAUUAAUUACUAUGAUAAGGAAAGAGCUAUCCGAAUACUGUUCUCAAUUGCAAGGUUGUUUGGGAAAUAUGUAUUUUCCAUAUUGACCUACCAUCAAAACCUGUUCCAGGAGGUGGAAACAGAAGGGGAGUUCAAUAGGAGAGCUCUAACAGAACUGGUCAUACAAUUAGAUACAAGACCUGAAGAAAAUUUAAUUAUAAUUAUGUCCUCGAAUAGACCAACAACUAUUAAUACCAUCAUUAGAAGAAGGCUCUAUCCACGAAUUUACAUCAAACUCUUAACAGGAGAUGAUCUCAACAUGUUUGUGAAAUAUCAACUUGAGGGUAGAUUUGGAAGUAAUAGUUUUACCACAAGUCAAAUUGAUCAAAUUACCAAACUUUGUGAAGGAUAUUCGCCCUUUGAGAUUGAGCAAAUGGUGAAAUCGAUCAGAAAUGAAAAUAUCAAGGGGACAAAAUUAAUUGAUUGUUUUAAAGAGAUUAUUGAGAAGGCACCACCCCUUAAUACAGAGCAAGAAAUAAUGGAAAUUGAAAGCUUUGCAGAAAAUUUCGCCAGCGAAUAUUAG